UUCUCAAUGUAUUUGCAAAUAUAUUUCCUGUGAGUGACGAACUAUCUUACGUAUGUGGUGCAAUAUAGAAUUCUUCGUAGCUGGUACCCAAGGCUUUGCCACAGCCAUUUGAAAAGUCAGAAAGCGUCUAGAAGAAAGCUUGGGGAUAUGAGUAUUUGUCAAUACAAUAGUACCAGAUAUUGACAUUUGGAUAGAAUAUUGCAAUUUUUAAAGGCUCUUGUAAACCUAUGUCUUGGAAAUUUUCAACUCAGACAGGAUAGAUUGAGCCAUGGAAGAAGAGAGAGGUUGUAGAGCUAAUGUUCAUGUUGUGGUGCUUGCAUAUCAUGGACAAGGCCACAUAAACCCUAUGGUCCAAUUCUCUAAACGGCUAGCCUCCAAGGGAAUCAAAAUUACUGUGGCUACCACACUCUCCAACACCAAGGCCCUGCAAGCUGUUUUUGGUUCUGGCUCUCUUCGAUUCCUAUCUGUGUAUGAUGAUUGCACUGAAGGUGGGGUUGCUGGACUGGGAGGAUUUAAAGGAUUCCUUGAUCGAUUUCAAGUAAGUGGCUCUAAAAACCUCAGCAACUUCAUUGCACAGCAGGAUAGAAGUGAAUAUCCGGUAAAGUGCCUUGUAUAUGAUGCUAACAUUCCAUGGGCUUCAGACAUAGCAUCCCAUUUCAAAAUCGCUAGUGCAGCAUUUUUCACUCAAUCUUGUGCUGCGGCUGCCAGCUACUAUCCUAUGUAUUGUGAGGUAUCUGGAACGCCUUUGCCAGAAUAUGCUUUUCCACUGAUUGGAUUGCCAAAACUUGGAAUUCCACACGUGCCAUCCCUCGGUCCUAUUGAUGGUCGUUAUCCCCCAAUAAUCAUGCACUUACUAAGACAGUUUGACAACAUUCACAAGGCUAAUUGGGUCCUGAUGAACUCCUUUGAUAAGCUGGAAGAAGAGGUUGUUGAGUGGAUGGCUAAGCUUUGGCCUGUAAAACCUAUAGGACCUACUGUGCCAUCUUUUCACCUGGACAAACGAGUGGAAAAUGACGACGACUAUGGCUUCCAUACUUAUAAGCUAGAUUCUCGUGCAUGCAUGGAGUGGCUUAGCAACAAGAAGCCAGGUUCAGUUGUUUAUGUGUCAUUUGGAAGUGUUGCAUUGCUAAGUGCAGAACAAAUGUCAGAAAUAGCUGCUUCUCUCAAACAGAGUUGCGCCAACUUCCUAUGGGUUGUGAAACCUACCGAACAAAGUAAGAUACCCCAUAAUUUUAUCGAGGAAACAUCAAGUAAGGGAUUCAUAGCAAGUUGGUGCCCCCAACUAGAGGUUUUAGCUCAUGAUGCAGUGGGAUGCUUUGUGUCUCAUUGUGGUUGGAACUCAACUUUGGAAGCCAUAUGCUUUGGGGUGCCCAUAGUGGGAAUGCCCCAAUUUUUAGACCAAAUGAUUAAUACACAUUUGGUAGAAAAAGUUUGGAAGGUGGGAAUGGGUGCUGUAGCAGAUGACAAGGGGUUCACUCGGAGUGAAGAAAUAAGUAAAUGCAUUCAACAAGUUUUGGAAGGGGAAAUGAGUAAAGAGAUUAAGAAGAAUGCUCUCCGUUGGAAGGAGUUGGCUAAGGAAGCAAUAGAUGAAGGAGGGAGCUCAGACAAACACAUUAAUGAAAUAGUGUCAUACUUAAUCCAACAUGAAGCCUCCAACUAGACUUCAGCAAUGCCACACCGCUCUUGCUCUUCUUUAAGCCCAACACACCCGUAUUUAUAGCAAUGUUGUCAUCAUAUAUAGUUUUAAAAGUGUUAUUUUUUAAAUUAUAAUUAUAAUUAUAAUAUGAAUGUAGUACGGUUUUAUCAAUACUUUAUUCACAAUAUAUUGCUCAUUGUAUUGUGUUCAA